AUGAAUCCGCCGUCCAAGUUGGGAGACUUCUUUGGGGUUGUUGAUGAUUUCUUCAAGAAAACAUUCCGAGAUGACGCACAGGUGUUUGUGGCGGUGAAGUCCCGGCAGUACUCUGAAUCGUUUCCAGGGAAGCAGCUCUUUUUCACCACCUCCCCGACCUCGUCACCGGCGUCAGGUGAGCCGGAUAUUUCGACGCAUGCAACGGCGGGGGAGGCGGCGGCGGUGUCGCCCACAAAGACGAACUACAUGAACUUUUCUCCACGCCUGGUUCUCAACAACGAUGGGACAGCGUUUGGCAAGGUCAAACUUGGGUGUGGCCUCCAUAUUCCGCGUGUCUGUCGCUUUGAGCAGGGCCUGACGUUGACCAACAAGGGGGUCGUCUCCACCAACCUUAAGUUAAUCGAUAUUCUUGAAGGCCUUGAGCUUAAGGGUCGCAUUGCUGUUAAUACGAUUGCGCCCGCGUCUGAGGACGUGUCGGUGGCCACUAUAGAUUACCAGAGACGUGAUUUUUACACUUCGCUCGGAUAUCAACGCAAUGGACUCGGAAGUAGUGAUCUUUUGGUGGAUUGUGGAACCAGAUUUUUCAACCUUCUUCUUGGGGCCGGUUUCGAGCGCCAAAAACUGUCCUACCUUGAACACGAGGAUACUUCAGCGCAGAUGGAUGUGUUAUACGCGGGUUUAGGCUUCACUGGGGUCAACUGGUCGAUUGGGGCGAAAAUGGUGCGUGCUAACGACGCUUGGAAUACGGCUCGAGUGGCCUUCUACCAACGUAUGGCGCCUAACACGAUGGUGGCGUGUGGGUAUAACUUUGAUCUCUCGGAGUCCCGUGCGCACCUCUCCUUGGGUUUCUCACAGGGUUUUCGUCUGCGUGUGCCCACCAUCCUACAGCAACCCUCGGAGGAACAGGUGGGUGAAUGGACUGCAGUUUUGCCUUUUGUGGGGGCCGUUAAAACGGAGAGUGACGGUGUCUGCGCUGCCACCAUUCGUGGUAUCUUCAACGGGGUGAUUCACUGGGCCCUAAUCGCCCGCAAGAAUGUGCUGCAUGCAGCAAGCCCAGUGCAGUAUGGGAUAACCGUCUCGAUGGAAUCCGAAUGA